AUGCACUCUCGAAUUCUGUCUUCACUAGGCCUCAUCGCGCUGCCUCUUGCCUUUGGCCAAGACGACAUUGGGUUCGGCAACGGCUCGUACUCUUUCAAGACCAGAAACUGGGAGGCAGUAAUUGUCAAAGACUCUGCCACACUUGCAUCCCUGAAACCAACAGGAAGCGACUUCGACUUUCUCCCAUACGACUUGAUGCAACUUGGUCGUCGUGUCCAGAAUGGCUGCUACCAUUGGGGCGACAUCAAUAUUCGGUACCGAGCAACUUCGUCAGACACAUGGAAUGAAACCAGCUCCGCCACCGCCAGGCAGCCAGUCAUCGAAGCUGGAACCGGAGCUUUGGUGACAUCUGAUUUAUCCCCAACCAUGACACUUGGCCCGCUGGAGGUGAUUCGUGAAUGGAUCGAUGUCUCUGGCGACCUAGGGCUGCGAUUCACAAUCACCAACUCGGGCGAAGAAGAUGUCGAAAUAGGGGCGCUGGGAUUUGCGGCGGCCGUUAACAACAUCUUCACCAAGAGAAACGUGUCAGACGUCAAUGAGAAGUGCUCCUUCAUGGAGCCGUACGUAGGACAGGACGCCGGCCACCUCCGAGUUUUACCCCUGAAUGGAGUUGGCCCCGCUCUCGUCAUCACGCCGCCGUACAAGACACCGUUGGAGGCCUAUAGCUGGCUGUGGGAAGAUAACAAGGGUGAGACCAGGAUCGGGUCAAACAUGUGGGAAGGAUUCUUCGAGUGGACUGUUCACACCAAGGCUUGGGCUGAGAACGAUUGGAAAGAUGUGGAGCCUUGGAAUACUCCCACAAACGCCGUAAUCAAGCCAGGAGAAUCACGGAGAUAUGGCGUUCGAUUUACAGCGGUCAAAGAAGGCGUCCAAAAAAUUGACGCCGCGAUCGCGAGUACGGGGAUUUCUAACGCCAUCAGCUUGCCUGGGUACAUCAUUCCACGGGAUAGCCAGGCUACUUUGCACUUGCAAACCAAGGUUGGGACGCAUUCUAUGUCUACGUCUCCCCCGGACUCUCUUCAAGUCAUCGACCGAGGCAACAACAAAUAUACCAUUCAGCCAUCUGCAUCAACCUGGGGCCGUGUGCGCCUCAACGUCAACUAUGACAACAACACCACCCAGAAGAUUCACUAUUACAUCACAAAGUCCGCAGCCGAGGCUGUCUCUGAUCUCGGAACCUUCCUUACCACUGAGCACUGGUUCGUCGAUGACUCGGAUCCAUUCGGUCGGUCCCCGUCAAUCAUGGGCUACGAUGGUGAGAAGGGCGCCAUCAUCGAGCAAGAGAAACGAACAGCACCCGCCGAGCUGAGCGAUGAGGGUGGGGCCGGCGCAUACGUUGCUGCCGCCGUCAAGCAGACCUUUCAGCCCAACGCUGCCGAGAUCGCAAAACUGGAGGAGUUUGUUAAUAAGGUUCUGUUCAAAAUCAUACAAGACGAGACCUACGCAGUCAAGAGGGGGCUGUUCUACUAUGACCCUGAGCUGGACUACAACUACACCAUCACAUCCGGCCAGAAGAAAGAUUACGUGUACGAGAUCAACCGUGCAUACAACUACGUAUGGCCGGCUGCGACAUACUGGGCCUUGUAUCGUGCAGGAAGAGCCUACCCGGGUUUUCUGAAGACGCAUGACUGGGAGUGGUAUCUGAACCAAGCCUACAAGACCGUCAUGAGAGGAAUGGAACCCGACAUCGGCUUCAAAGACAAGGGACUCAUGGGCGAGACUGUCUUUGGAACGGUCUUGGUAGACUUGCAAAGGGAUAAUAGACAUUUUGGUGAAACGGACUUGGCCACGCGCGUCAAGAACAGUGUGUUGGGCUACAUGACCACAGUUCCACAUUGGGGAUACAACGGGAACGCCCGCCGAUACUGGGAAUUUGUUGUUGCGGACAAAACUCAGGUCGUCGAGCGUCAAAUCCAUCAUUACGGGUCCGGGCUCAAUGCUCUCGUGAUGCUUUCGGCAUUUCGUGAUGACCCAACCAACUCCUAUCUACUCCGUGUGGGAUACGGCGGUACAUCUGGCGCGCUGUCCAACAUCCGCGAAGAUGGCUUCGCGUCUGGGGACUACGGUCCCAAUUUCGUCGGCAUGGUUCUUGGAUCGGGCUCGUAUCUCGUCGAUGACCUGGACUAUGGAAUGAUUGCUUAUGGUGGGAUCUUGAGAGUUGACGACGAUCUCGUAACCGUGCAAGUUCGAGACCCUCUGCGUCGCAAAAUCUUCAUUGGGCCUCUUGGAGUUGAGAUUGAGAUUGAUGCAGGCAUUGUUGAGCAGUUUACCUAUCAUGUGAAAAGUCAUACAAUCUCCUUGAAGGUAGGGCAACUCAAAGACGGUCCUGAAGCUGAAGCAGCAAUCAUGUGGAUUACUGCCGGCGCCAGCUCUACCAAGGGGGCUACAGAGUACAAGGUUCAGGUUGGCGUUGUUGAGGCAAGUCGAGAACGAGGAGGAAGCAAAAUAGCUCUGACAUCGGGAACGAGUGAAGUCUACAUAGACUAG